CAAGGCCACAUCAAAAGAUAAACGGUUGAUAUUAAAAACAAAAUUUGGAAAGAAAAGCACUCACCCACCCAUCCCAUCUCUGUUACUCAUUCUCAAAAUUUUAAAACUGCUAUCUAUAAUCCUUCUACCCACCGCUGCACUCCACUUCAACAUAAACAAACAAAUACUUAAACACAGCCAUCUAAAAUUCCAUUUUUCCCUGCAGAAACAUCAUGGCCUAGCUGUUUCUUGGAUCCGGAGAUUCGGGGUUAUUUUAAUUUGCAUAUAAUAACUCUUUUUUAUAAACACAGUAACCCGCAAGACAUGAUUUGGUUCCGUCCCGUUGUUCCUCCCUAGGCUCAAACCUUUCUGCGUGUUCUUUCAUUGGAGUUCGUAGCAUAGUUGUAAUGCCUGUAAAUCCAUGGACCCUCUUCUUAUGCAUUUCCCUUCUACUUCCACUCCAUUCUUUCAUAGCUGCAGCAGUGAACCAACAAGGGGAGGCUCUUCUUUCAUGGAAGAGAACCCUGAACGGGUCCCUGGAGGUAUUGAGUAACUGGGACCCAAUUGAAGACACCCCAUGUAGCUGGUAUGGAGUGAGUUGCAAUACCAAGAACGAAGUAGAACAAUUGGAUCUGAGGUAUGUAGAUUUGCUUGGAAGACUUCCCUCUAAUUUCACCUCAUUGCUUUCCUUAACCAGUCUGAUCUUAACCGGAACCAACCUCACGGGUUCAAUCCCUAAAGAACUAGGAGUCCUCAGUGAACUCAGCUACUUGGACUUGAGUGACAAUGCCUUGAAUGGAGAAAUCCCAAGUGAGGUCUGUUACUUGCCCAAACUAGAGGAACUCCAUCUCAACUCCAACGAUCUCGUGGGGUCCAUUCCAGUUGCAAUUGGGAACCUCACCAAGUUGGAGAAGUUGAUCCUCUAUGACAAUCAACUCAGUGGUGAAGUUCCAAGCACCAUCGGCAACCUUAAGAACCUUCAAGUAAUAAGAGCAGGAGGAAACAAGAACCUGGAAGGUCCUCUCCCACAGGAAAUUGGCAACUGUUCCAAUUUGGUUAUGUUGGGUCUCGCUGAAACGAGCCUCUCAGGUUCUCUCCCACCAACUCUUGGCCUUUUAAAGAACCUUGAUACCAUUGCCAUUUACACUUCCUUACUCUCCGGUGAGAUACCACCUGAACUUGGUGACUGCACGGGGCUCCAAAACAUUUAUCUUUAUGAAAACUCCCUCACUGGAUCCAUACCAAGCAAGUUGGGAAACCUCAAGAACCUCCAAAACCUUCUGUUAUGGCAGAACAACUUGGUUGGCAUCAUCCCACCAGAGAUUGGUAACUGCCAACAGUUGUCAGUGAUUGACGUGUCAAUGAACUCACUAACCGGAAGCAUCCCAAAAACUUUCGGGAACCUGACAUCACUGCAAGAGCUCCAACUCAGUGUGAACCAGAUUUCAGGGGAGAUUCCUGCAGAACUGGGGAAGUGUCAGCAACUCACGCAUGUAGAGCUUGACAACAAUCUCAUCGCGGGUACCAUACCUUCCGAAUUGGGAAACCUAAGGAAUCUAACACUGUUGUUCCUAUGGCACAACAAGCUGCAAGGUAGCAUUCCCUCUUCGCUUUCCAAUUGUCACAACCUAGAGGCCAUUGAUCUGUCGCAGAAUGGAUUAACUGGUCCCAUACCCAAGGGGAUAUUCCAACUCAAGAAUCUCAACAAGCUCUUGCUCCUCUCCAACAAUCUCUCGGGGAAAAUUCCCUCUCAGAUUGGGAAUUGUUCCUCUCUUAUCCGAUUUCGAGCCAACGACAACAACAUCACCGGGAACAUUCCAUCAGAGAUUGGGAAUCUCAACAAUUUGAAUUUUCUCGACCUCGGGAACAAUCGGAUUUCCGGCGUCAUCCCGGAGGAGAUCUCCGGUUGCCGGAAUCUCGCUUUUCUUGACAUACACUCAAACUUCAUCGCCGGGUAUUUGCCGGAAAGUUUGAGCCGGCUUAAUUCGCUUCAGUUUCUCGAUGUCUCCAAUAACAUGAUCGAAGGUGCACUAAACCCUAACCUGGGUUUACUCGCGGCACUCUCCAAGCUUGUUCUCGCGAAGAAUCGAAUCUCCGGCUCAAUCCCGAGUCAACUCGGUUCAUGCGCCAAGCUUCAAUUGCUGGACCUCAGCAGCAACAAUUUUUCCGGCGAAAUCCCCGGCAGCAUCGGCAACAUUCCGGCGCUGGAAAUCGCUCUGAAUCUGAGCCUGAACCAGCUCUCCGGUGAGAUCCCUCAGGAGUUUUCCGGUUUGACGAAGCUCGGAGUGUUGGACAUAUCUCACAACGUUCUCAGCGGAAACCUGCAAUCUCUCGCGGUCUUGCAAAAUCUCGUGGUGUUAAACAUCUCGCACAACAAAUUCUCGGGACGCGUACCGGACACGCCUUUCUUCGCGAAGCUUCCGUUGAGCGUGAUGGCGGGAAACCCGGCGCUGUGCUUCUCCGGCAACGAGUGCGGGGGCGGCGACAGCGGCGGGAGGUCGGGGCGGCGGGCGAGGGUGGCGCGCGUGGCGAUGGUGGUCCUGCUGUGCACAGCAUGCGUGCUGCUGAUGGCGGCGCUGUACGUGGUGGUCGCAGCGAAACGACGAGGGGACCGCGAAAACGACGUGGAGCGUGACGGAAAAGACAGCGACGCGGACAUGGCCCCACCCUGGGAAGUGACGCUGUACCAGAAACUCGAUCUGUCUAUCUCCGACGUAGCGAAAUGUCUCUCCGCUGGCAACGUCAUUGGCCACGGUCGAUCCGGCGUCGUUUACAGGGUGAACAUGCCGUCGACGGGGCUCGCCAUCGCGGUCAAGAAGUUCCGCUCGUCGGAGAAAUUCUCCGCGGCGGCGUUCUCGUCGGAGAUUGCGACGCUGGCGCGGAUCCGGCACCGCAACAUCGUGCGGCUGCUCGGCUGGGGUGCCAACCGGAGAACCAAGUUACUGUUUUACGAUUAUUUACCGAACGGUAAUUUGGAUUCGCUGUUACACGAGGGGUGCACAGGAUUAAUUGAUUGGGAGACGCGGCUCAAGAUAGCACUGGGCGUAGCCGAGGGCGUCGCCUACUUGCACCAUGAUUGCCUCCCUGCUAUCUUGCACCGGGACGUUAAAGCGCUCAAUAUUUUGUUAGGAGACACAUAUGAACCCUGUUUGGCUGAUUUUGGGUUCGCUCGCUUCGUCGAAGAGGAUCACGCUUCCUUUUCCGUUAAUCCACAGUUCGCAGGCUCCUACGGCUACAUUGCUCCCGAGUAUGCUUGCAUGCUUAAAAUCACAGAGAAGAGUGAUGUGUACAGCUUUGGAGUGGUCCUACUGGAGAUAAUAACGGGGAAAAGGCCAGUGGAUCCAUCAUUCCCGGAUGGACAACAUGUUAUUCAGUGGGUCAGGGAGCAUCUAAAGAGCAAGAAGGACCCCAUUGAGGUUCUUGAUUCCAAGCUACAAGGCCAUCCAGACACACAAAUACAAGAGAUGCUGCAAGCACUUGGUAUCGCUCUCUUGUGCACAAGUAAUCGUGCAGAGGAUCGACCCACAAUGAAAGAUGUUGCAGCAUUAUUGAGAGAAAUUCGUCAUGAUCCUCCACCAGGGGCUGAGCCCCACAAGCCAAAACCCAAAGUAACGGAAGCUUCGUCCUAUUCUUCGUCCUCAGUGACCCCUUCUCAGUUGUUGCUCCUACAAUCUAGUUCCCAUUCCUCAUCACUUGCUUAUUCCUCUUCCUCAGCAGCAGGCUACCACCCUCCAAGGAACCAAUCCUCAAUUCAACAUUAAAGCCUCUAUAUUAGUUACUAUAUUUUCAGGAUUUAGAUGAUCAUGUUAGAUAUUUUGAUUGGUUAAUUAGUUAGUACUAGUCAUUAACGUUAGCUUAAUGUGGGAAUUGUAAAGGUACUUCGAGUAUUCUGAUUGAUAAGGCAAAAUGAAAUGAGUGUACAGAAGCUUAAUUGAUUGAAUUGCACGAUUCCAUAGUAUAAAAUGGAAGGGGUAGCUUUACAUAAGUUGAUUCCAUGAAUCCUUCAAAAGAAGGCAAUAGUGUGUCGUGUAACUCUGAAAGGCCAAAGAGUAAAAGUGGGAGAUGUAAAGUUGAUGAGCGGGAAGGUGGACUAUCAUUAGAUACUUUUUGAGCCCUCUUUUGCUUCCAUUAUGAUUGUUGCUGAUAAUGGAAAAAGAUAUGUGUUGGCUUGUCUUCGUUCAACUAACUUACCUAGGCCCGCACCAUGUGAAGUAGGAGCAUUCUGCAUUCAAGUCUAGAACCCUUAUGGGCAAGCAAUGGCUAAUCACAAGCAUUCUUUCCGCAUAUAACCCAUUUGAUUUCACCGUACGUGUAUAACAACUGGCUAUGCUUUAAAUAGUUGACAAUACAUGACCAUCAUCAUGUCAUGAACAGACUAAAUGCAAAGUGACUGUGCUCCAUUUUUUCCUUUCUUUUAGCUUCAAAUAGGUUUUUCCAAUUUUGCAUCACUCAGUAUUAUUCUAUAUAUGGGGUGGGCACUGGGCACAGUAUUUGAAGAGUAAAUAAAAAUUUUAAUGGUUCUCAGUUUA